AUGUUAUGCGUGGUGUUCACUCGACUAUGUUUAGUUUUAAUCAUUAUAUCGCUUGAGAACGUUACUGCUUCAAUUCGGGUUGGCUUUUUAAGCGAUGGCAGUGAAGACAACACAGUUCUUUCCGACUGUUUGAGGAACACCAGCAUCAGCUUGAUAACUGUGUCAGCCUGUCACAAUUAUAAUGGGCUGGAAAACGUGGCUAGACUACAAUAUGUACACCGCGUAAAGGCGCUUAUAGGAUCACCUUGUGCUGACGAAUCUGCCACUGUUUCACGUUUGGCGUACAGAUGGGGAAUACCAUUUCUAUCAACCAGUGUUGAUGCUUGGCAGGACAAGGAGGCCACGACAUACGCUAUGGCUCCCAAUUAUCAGAGAGGCCUUGCUGAAGCUCUAGGUUUAUUACUGGAUGGGACGAAAGUAAAGAAGACUGUGUUAUACUCUGACGACUACAGCUCUACGGCAAUGGAGGCAGCCAAAUAUAUUGGUGAGCAAAUCAACAUCAUCAAUUAUCAGAAAAUUCAGUCCGACAAACUGGAACUUCCAAACCAAGUGGUUGUUGUGAUAGUGAACGCAGAAACCAGAGUUCAAUUGUUGAAUUACCUGAUGAGUAGAAGAAAAUCACAUUUGGGUACGCAAUUCAUCAUAUACUCUGAUGGAAGCACUGAUGCCAAGACAUUUUACGCAAAGCUAACAGAUUUGAUGAGUAAUGCCUCGGAUGUAGAGCAACAAUUAAUUAUGGCAAACUUUGUUCUGCUUCAAUCGUCACAUGCUUCAAAAAACGAGGAAUUGCUUUGGAAUCAAAACACCACUGUAACCAAGGCCGUGGAGGGAUCCAUGCUACUAUGCGACGCGAUAAGCUUACUAGAACAAACUGGUGGUAGCAUUGAGCAUCUGAACCAUUUUCAAGGGCGUGAGAUAGAAGGACUUUCUGGCCCGAUAUUCCUUCGAAGUGAUGGGACGCGUCAGCCAUAUUUUGAGGUUUUCACCUGGGAAUACGAUCAUAUGCUUCAUGCUGCCUCGUUAAGACCAUCAGAAAUUCCAUGCAAUGAGAGCGUUUCCCAACCGUGCAUUUCUUAUGUUCUGAACAAUGUAUCAAAUUCAAGCGUAUUGGCUUCUCUAAGCUCGAGUCGAGAUGAAUGUGAAGGAUUUGCAUGUUUCACAAAUAUCCUUGCACUACUGACGGUUGUGUUUAUUUUUGUGGCAAUUGGACUACCUUUACUAACAACUUUACGAUUUCAAAGAAAAGAGAAAGAAAUGAAUCGAAUGAGUUGGAGAAUCGCGUACGAGAACGUUAUGCAACGCAAAAGACAAGAAGAGACAAAUUUUCCCGGAUAUAGAAAAAUUUCAUCUACAAGCAGUGCUGCCAUAUCUAUGGCAAAAUUGCAAUGUUUGGGAAACUCCUCUGUCAGCUACUGGAAUGACCAGAAGGUAUUCGUUAAAUCCUAUAAACAGAAGCGUGCAUUGUCAUUCACAAGAGCAGAGAUGAAGCAGCUUGAUGAGUUGAGAGCUUUAUCCCAUACAAACGUCAACACUUUCAUCGGGAUGUCAUUCAAUCAAAAUAAUGAGAUGACCGUGCUAUGGAAACACUGUUCUCGAAGCAGUCUCGAACAUGCUAUAUUUUUCAAUAAGCAGCGAUUUGGAAGAACAUUCCAGGGCAGCUUUCUCAAGCAUAUAAUAAGCGGCCUUCAAUAUAUUCACAAUAGCCCCAUACAAUAUCAUGGCGCUUUAUUUCUCUCGAACUGUGUUGUUGAUUCUUACUGGGUCGUCAAGCUAACUAACUUUGGUCUUCAGAACAUCAUAUGGGACAAAAUGGAUUUCAAAGAGAUUGCCGGUAGCAGAGCCGUCGACGUAGAUGAACUGCCGGCAAAAUACUACCAACUUCCUCCGGAGGUGCUGCGAAUUAUAGCCCAGAAUGGGCUACUCUGCUCUGGUUCACAGAUAGCUGAUAUAUAUCAGUUGGGUAUGAUAAUAUACCAGAUUCUUUAUCACAGAAGGCCAUUCUCUGAAAAGUUUGAUAGAACCCCAAGAGAAUUGGUAGAAGCCAUUUGUGAAAGUUCUAAAAACAAUCCUUGUUAUCCUGAAAUUCCUGAUGAGAACGACUACACCACGCGUUUAGUCUCAGUUAUGCAACAGUGCUGGUCAUCAAAUGAGGAACUACGGCCAGAAAUGUAUGAGAUAAGCGAUGCGGUGGCUAGAGAAUUUGAAAAGGAAGGCAAAGGCAACAUCAUUGAUCAGAUGGUUCGUAUAAUUGACGACUAUCAGGAGAAUCUUGAACAGAAAAUUGACGAAAGAACGAAAAAUUUGGAAAGUUUGCUUGACAGAACUCAGAAGAUUUUGUUCCAAAUCUUGCCCAGGAAUAUUGCUGAAGAUCUAAGAGAAGGAAAACAAGUUUCUCCUGUUAUGCACCCAUGUGUAUCGAUAAUGUUCGGUGAUAUAUGCAAGUUCACUGAGCUUUGCGAAUCCUGCAUACCUGUUCAUGUUAUCGACAUCUUACAAGAUCUAUAUUCUUCAUUCGAUCAAAUAGUUUCAAAGCAUAAUGUGUUUAAGGUAGAAAAUGUUGGUGAUAAUUAUUUACUUGUGAGCGGUCUAGAUGGAUGCAACAACCAUCUCGAAGAAAUUUGCAAUAUGUCGUUAGAACUCGUGAAAUUCAUAGACAAUCACACAACAAAGCAUCGACCUGAUAUUAAGCUAAGAAUGAAAGUUGGAAUAAACAGCGGAGCGGUGGCUUCCGGCCUUUUGGGAAGUUCAGCACCGAGAUUCUGCCUGUUUGGUGACACCCUCAACAUGACCUGUCAAAUGGCAGCAACAUCGGAACCAGGGCAGAUACAAACUAUGGAGGGAACAGCAAGGAUUAUUCAAACUCGUUAUGAUAAUAAGUUCAAUGUGAAAGAACGAGGACUUGUGGACGUCAAGGGUAAGGGACCCAUCACCACUUACUGGGUAACAGGAUUUGAAUAAGUUUGCAUAGCGGUAAAGAUCUUCUCGAGUUGAAAACGGUCUACGUUAUCCAUAUGAUCUCCAUUUUACAAUAAUAAAUGUUGAUUCUGCA